GGCUGCUGCAGUCAGUGGACGAUGAGCGGUGAGCGCGUGAGGACCAACAUGCCCGAGGUCCCGUCCGGAGCUCCGGAGGUGUCCCGGAAAAGAGCCGCCGAGUCCGGCCCGCACUCCGAACAUAGACCGAAGUGGAAGAAAGUCUGCUGGGGCAUCCUGACCAGCCAAGGAUCCUGGGCAGAUUGCUCCCCUCUCCAUGAAGCAGCUUGUCAGGGUCGACUGCUCGCUCUGCGCACUCUGCUGGCCCAGGGAUAUCACGCCAACAUUAUCACUUUUGAUCAUGUGACCCCUCUCCAUGAAGCCUGCCUAUCUGGACACGUAGCCUGUGUCAGAGCAUUAAUAAAUGCUGGAGCUAAUGUAAAUGCUGCUACCAUCAAUGGCGCCACUCCUCUGUACAACUGUUGUGUUUCUGGAAGUGUCGGCUGUAUGGAACUACUGCUGCAGAAUGGAGCACACACACACACGUUACACACACACUUCCCGUCAGCUCUGCACGAAGCCUGCAAGAGAGGUAGCAGCCAGUGUGUAGAGUCCCUGCUGACUCAUGGGGCAGAUCCAGACUAUGAGGUGUCCCAUCUGGGCUCUCCUCUCUACAUGAGCUGUCUGCACCAACACACAGCUUGCUCCAAGAUUCUGCUGCACAGAGGAGCCAAUGUUAAUGUAGGCAGAGGAGGAGACAGUCCUCUUCAUGCAGCUGUCAGACAGGACGAUGCUGAUCAGCUGUCACUGCUGCUCGACUAUGGAGCUGAUGUCAACCUCAGAGACAGCAACAAUCAGCGACCUGUGGAGUUAGCACCUCAGGGUGGAAAAACACAGCAGCUGCUACAAGCAUUUGAAGUUUCUCCGAGGAGUCUCUACCAGUUGUGUCGUAUCCAGAUCAGGAAUCUGAUUGGUCGAUCCAGACUGAAGGAUCUCCCCUCCCUUCCUCUGCCCUCCCUGCUCACCCACUAUCUGGAGCACACAUAGAGGGCACACACACACACACACACACACACACACACACACACACACACACACACACACACACACACACACACACACACACACACACACAAAGCAACUGCUGCUUUUUCAGAUUUAAAAUUUUGAUGUGCCACGCUUCCUAAUUAACUACAAUACAUGUCAACAUAUCAUCUCCAGGGAGUUUACCAUGAGUUUGGCUGCUGCAACAUCAUUACUAUCAUCACACGUUUAAAUACACUGAAGUUUUGAUCUAGUUCACACUGUACUCUGAUACAUCUUACAUUGCCUAUGUGUUGCCAUAACUACCACAGUCUUUCUUUUUUAUGUUUAUUUGGUAGGACUUCAUAAUCCCCGGUCAGAUGAUAGUCUGACAGCUGUUCCAGAUGUUUUGCUCUUUAUAUUGGCUAAACAGAAGAUGUCAUUUUGGGAAUACGGGAGUAUUUUUUCCAGUGACAAGUGCUGGCCUACAAUUAUCUGUAAUUACAUGUAAAUACCAAUAAAUUAUCCAUGACCUCAUGACCGUCAUAAAGCUCUUUGUGUACUGUGUCAACAUUGUCAAAUAAAUAUUUAUCAAGGAUGUCAUUGUUAGUGGAGGGAGUAUUCAGGUAUUUUACUUUGUGUAAAAAGUGUACUCCUUUACAUGCAAGGAAAGUGUAAGUAAAUGUAUGAUAGUAUAAUCAGUAAAAUGUUCUGAAAGUAUUACAAAUACACUUUGCACAAGUAAGAUCAAUGUGACUGGUACCCAUCAUUAGUAUAUUGCUUCAUUAGAUUAGCACUGUCCCUACAUGAAUGUGUAAGCAGCACUAACUGUAUUGGUUCAUUCAUUGUUUGGUGUUUAAAAAUUAAACUAGUGGAAAUUCCCAAAGUGCCACCUCCAUAAUGGUUUGUUUUGUCCAAGUUGGAAACGAAUUAAAAUUUAACCUAAUCCAACCUAAUCUCUGAAAUGAAUAAAACACAUUUAUAUUUAA